AUGGUGAAGCUUGUGUACAGGGUUCGCAGGACAGUAACAAAGGGACUUCUUAUGCAUUUAGGAUGCGAUGUAACCACUGCAAGCUCGAGUGAAGAAUGUGUUCGUGUUGUUUCUCUGGAACAUGAAGUGGUCUUCAUGGAUGUUUGUACAGGGUUAGAUGGUUAUGAACUAGCAGUACGACUUAUGGCUGACGUCAACAACAUGCCUUCGGAGAACCAAACCAACAACAUGCUUUCGGAGAAUCCAACCAUUGUUCCUGGAACCCAGACGGUCUUCGCAAAAUCACUUCCGGACGUGUCUAAAAUUGAAAUUUUCUUUGGACAGAACUUUCGACGCCGGCAAGAAUGCGUUUCCACCCUUUUAGACAUGUAUGGAGUUGCUGAUGCUCUUUCAUCUCCGAAGCCUAACUCUACUAUUCCUUCAAACUCAAAGCUAGUUGAAGAGUGGACUUACGGAAACAAGGUAUGCCGACACACUCUACUUAGUGCACUCUCUAAUGAUUUGUUCGAUGUGUACUGUUCCUACAAGGAAGCAAAGGACAUUUGGGACUCGUUGAUUCUCAAAUACACUGCCGAAGAUGUCGUCAGACAAAGGUUUGUCAUAGGAAACUACUACCGUUGGGAGAUGAUUGAAGACAAGGACAUAAAAACCCAAAUCAAUGAAUACCACAAGUUGCUUGAAGAUAUCAAAGCGGAGAACCUUCUUCUACCAGAUGAAUUUGUCUCACAACUUCUGAUCGAGAAAUUGCCACCUUCCUGGACUGAUUACAAGCAACAACUGAAACAUAGACACAAGCAAAUGUCACUUUCAGAGCUGAUCACUCACAUAAUCGUUGAAGAUACCAACAGGAAAGAAUGUGUUACUGCAAGGGCCAAAGCUUUGUCUGCAAAAGCAAACGUGGUAGAAGACAAACCUGCUCCAAAAAGGUACGAACAUAAACCUGAUCACAAUAAGAAAAAUUAUUUUCGAAAAUCUCGUCCCAACGGAUCUAACCCCACCUUUAAGAAGAAAGGAAAUUGCUUCGUAUGUGGGAAGUCGGGCCAUCAUGCACCGCAGUGCAGGCGCAGAGCAAGAAACGACAAUCCUCCUAGGGCCAAUAUAGCCGAAGGAGAUGAUAUUAUUGCUGCGGUCGUUUCUCAAGAAAAUUUGAUGACCAAUGUGAGCAAACCNGGUGGUAGCCGUGGGUGA